GUUAACACUGGACGUUUCCAUAGAGAUACAGUUGUGGAUGGCAAAGCGCUAGCUCGAUGAAGCUCUUUUAUAUGCACAAAGACAAGCAGUAGCAGAGAUGUCUGAGUUGUUUGCUGAGGAUGAGGUUGAGUUGCAGUCCUUGGUUAAGCAGUUUCUGAGAAGCAUCAGUGACAAGAUCUCUAGUGCUCCUUCACCUGAAUGUGCUGAAGAGAUCCUUCUUCACCUAGAGGAGACUGACAAGAACUUUCACAAUUAUGAGUUUGUAAAGUACCUCCGUCAAUAUGUGGAGAACGCUUUAGGAUCUGUGGUUGAAGAGGAAACAAACAACUUGACCAGAGAAGAUGGACAACAUGCAACUGGCUCGGGACACGACACUCUGAUUCACGCAGUGACAGAAAGGACUAGAUACUCAGCUGAGUACCAGCAGAUGAUACACACCUUAAAAAACACCAUGAUAACAGUUGUGGAGUCUUUAAAAAACAAGUCUGAGGAGGACCAGCUGAGAAAGGAGGAGAUGCACCAAGAGAAGCAGCAUAGGCAGUCCAACAUCCAGUUCACUGACAACUGCUCUGACAGUGGCUCGUCCUUUAGUCAGAGUUAUGGAUUCUUUAGACAAGAGCAGCUGCAAAUUUUGGCUGAAAAGCUUGACUCCAGCAAGCCCAAAGAGGUGCGUUGGGAGGCUCUGAAGGUCCUCUGCCGUGCUCCUACAUCUGAUGUGCUUAGCUGUGAGAGCUGGAGCAGCCUGCGUCUGAACCUCUGCGUAGCUCUGAGCGAGCCGGAUCCCGACCUCAGCGAUAAUGCGCUGCGAUUCUUUGCUAAAAGCCUCUCAUCCUCUCCUCUGAAUGUGACACGAGAAAUUUACACAAGCCUGGCUAAAUCUGUGGAGUCAAGUUUUCUGUCCCAUAAGCUGAGCUUUCCAAGUGGCUCAGCUACCAUUGACAUUAACAGGCCUGAGAUCAGUCAUCUCCUCAAGCAGAUUCGACUGAUGAAUGAUUUUCAAAAGGAGGUGACUAACUUCUGGAUACGUCAUCCAGAGAAAUACAUGGAAGAAGUUAUAGAAAACACCUUUUCCCUGCUGUCCUUCCAUCACGAACAUGGCUCACCAGGAACUGAGAGAGUCCUGGAACCAGUUCACUUACUGGCUUUACUGGAUAUAAAAGCCACUUGGUUUAAAAAGUGGAUGCAUGGCUACUACAGCAGGGCUGUGAUUCUCAGACUCCUGGAGAGAAAAUACAAGUCUGUGGCUGUAGCAGCUCUUCAGCAGUGCAUCAAGUACAAUGAGUCCUGUGAACGUUUCACAAAUGACACAACUGAGUCAGAGGAGCAGCGGAGCAUUGGUUUGGUACAGAGGAGUGUUUAUUCUGGAAAAGAGCUCGAGUAUUGCUGCUUUGUUCACUCUCUGUGUGUCCUAGGGAAGCUCAUCAUCUACACCAAUGGAAAAAAGCUUUUUCCCAUCAAAAUAAGGAAAUACAAAGAUCCUGUUACCCUGACAGACCUCGUUGUCAUCCUGCUUAACAUAAUGUAUAAACACCCUAGACCUCUGGAUGGGGAUUGCUCACACGCAGGUUCAGACGUCCUGUCGCCCAGCACCCUUGUGAUGGAGGCGCUUUGGAUGCUAUGUGAACAGACAGAAUGCGCUACAGAGUGUCUCUAUCAGACUCCAGUUAUAGAGAAGCUACUAGCUCCUGUUAUAGCGCUGCUCAAUGGACAGAAGGCUGAGUUAAAGUCUCCUGCAGCAACCCUGAGUCUCAUUGCAGAUAUUCUGGCUCGUAUUGCAAACACAGACAGAGGAUUAGCGCUCUUCUUAUUUGAGAAGAAUCUCGUUGCAGCCCACAGUGAGAGGACCUUUGCUGCUCAUAUCAUCGUACAGUUCACCCAGAGGCUGCUCGACAAGGAAUUGCCAUCAUUGUGUGAAUCUGAUAUGCCCCAUUCAUUAUGUGGAGCCUUUAUUUUAGUUUGUCGGCAGAUGUACAACACCUGCGAUGGUCUGCAGGUUCUACGACCCUACGGCCUGCACAAAGCUUUAGCUGCUGCGUGGAAAAAGACCAGCUCGCUGUCAGAAAGGGUUCAGACUCCAGUACCUGGAGCUGGCGCUGGAUCAUCUACCCAAGAGCUGCAGAACAUACUCAUUUGGGAGGAGACAUUAUUGGACAGUCUGUUGAAUUUUGGUGCCACUCCAAAAGGCCUUUUGCUGCUCCAGCAGACAGGAGCCAUUAAUGAAUGUGUCUCCUACAUGUUCUCUCGCUUUACCAAAAAACUUCAGGUGAGCAGCUGCGAGAAGUUUGGCUACGGGGUGAUGGUGACACAGGUGGCAGCAACUGCUCCGGGAGUUGUGGCUCUGCACAGUUCAGGCUUUAUUCGGGCCCUGGUACUAGAGCUGUGGUCUGUUCUUGAGUGCAGCAGUGACGACGUCAGAGUGGUCCGUCCCAAACCAACUCCCAUUGACCCCAUAGAUAGGAGUUGCCUUAAGUCCUUCCUGUACUUGGUCAACCUCCUCUCCUCUUCCCAGUCAGUGUGGGAGCUGCUGGGCCGGCAGCCUUUGGCCAACAAAAGCGAAUACACCUUGAGGGAGAUGCCAACCUCCAUACCUGAUUUGAUUGACAGACUGAUUGCCGUGAAUUCGGAUGUGAAGAUUCAUUCUCUCUUCCGCUAUGAAGAGAGUCACACAUUCGGCCUGAGACUACUUAACGUGCUCUGCUGUAAUCUGGACUCCUUUCUGCUGUUGGAGAGCCAAUAUAACAUCUGCUCCAUGUUGCUGCAGAGUCAAAUGCGGAACGUCACUGACCCAGACUCCAGUGAGGGGACUAUCAUCAUAGACAGUCUGUCAGUGGAGAGGAACCAUGUGCUGGUUCGUGUUAGUGUCAUUGGAGGACCAUCUGAGAGGAGGCUCCCUCCUCGAGACUUGCAAGAGGGAGAAGGAGAACAUCCUUACCCCUGGCCCUGGUUUUCAUGCUAUCCCGUACCUCGCUGCUACACUUUGGAUCCACCAGACAUCCUACAUACCUCACCUGUCCUUUGUCUGUCUUCAGACUCCGAGAUCAGUGCGUUUCUGUCUUCAUGGAAAGAUCCAAAGAAUGACGGAAGCUGGAUGGAAGCCUGCCGAACGUUGUACUGUAAAGUCAUGGCGUCAAAACCCAACGUGUUAACUGGAAAGGUGCUGGCUGACCUUCUGGAGAAAGUUGUGGCCCAUCUAUCCAAUUCUGCUUCAGAGUGCUUCUUCUCUCCAGCUCGGUACAAAGCAGAGGAGAAGACUGUGAAGAAUGCCGUAUUAUCAUCUGUGGAACAGCUGGGAAUCAACACCUGUCUGAAGUAUGGGAUUUACCUUAGGCUUCUGAAGGAAGAAGCUGCAAAUGACCUAGCUCUGCUAAUGAAGCAUGUGAAGAUCUUCUUGUCCACGCAGAGAGUUAAAACUUCAUCAGAACUCAUAACUCACCAGGAAGGUUAUCCAGGUCAUGACUGGUUAGCCUCUACAGUGUUCCUCAUCAUGGCCGGAAACAUGGAAAAGUCUUUAUGUUUGUUAGUCAGUCUCUCCUCUCUGCUCACCUCUGCCUUCAUCUGGCCAGCCAGGAUACAUGCAUCGAUCCAUUUUCCUAAGGAAGUGGCUGAAUCAGGAAUCCCUCCUGUCUACUGGUGCACAGCUCACUACGUGGAGAUGCUGCUGAAAGCUGAAGUUCCUCUAGUCCACUCUGCCUUCAAGAUGUCUGGUUUCACCCCAUCACAGAUGUGCCUCCAUUGGCUGACUCAGUGUUUCUGGAACUACCUGGACUGGACAGAGAUCUGCCACUAUAUUUGCACCUGUGUGGUGAUGGGUCCUGACUACCAGGUUUACAUGUGUGUGGCCAUAUUUAAGCACUUGCAACCAGACAUCCUGCAGCACACACAGUCCCAGGAGCUACAGGUCUUCCUCAAAGAAGAGCCAAUCCAGGGCUUCAGUUUUACCAACCACCUGGAGUUUAUGGGUGUCCUGGAGCACAAAUACAGGGACAUUGUUCUGACUGAUAUGAAAAUGAUUUGAAGUUGAUUUGAAGGCAAGGGAAAAUUAUUCGAUUGUUAUCAAAACCCAGCAUAGAUCAACUGUUAAAAGUAUAUUACUGUCAAAACAUCACAAAAAACCCACUAAAAGUCAGGCGUGUUCAGUAAAAUUAGAUUAUAAGGCAGGUCUUACUGUCACUAAAUCUCAUGAAAGUCUAAAACCACCAAUAACUGUUUCAUGGCAGUCUCAUUUACAUUGACUCAGUGCCUCAUACGGCAUCCUGGUAACAAAGAAAUUCACUAGCACACCAAAUAUGUGACAGUCUGCUUCUGAAAAUAGUCCAGCAGAUGAUUGAUUGCUUGCUUGAUUGAUUGAUACAGAAAGCUACAGCUCUUCUUUUGUUGAUAAUCAAAACAAUCCAAAACACUUUUUUUUCUGGUAAGCUAACAAAACAGGUUUUUCUGCAGGUUGCAAUUGUAUAAUAUAUUUUUGUUUAUUAUGUAAAUAAUGUAAACAGCUGUUGGAAGAUUCAGUAAUUGCAUUUAGGAAAUGUUUGAUGUUUUUUGGUUAUUUAUUGUUUUUCCAACACUAUAAAUAUAUCUGAGUAUUUAAGAUCGUUUGUAUUUGUUCAGCAAGAAUCUCUUCUUCUGGGUUAUUAAAGGUAUCUCAUGUCACAAUGGCAGCUUUGUUUCUGUUUUUAUUUAUAUAGUCUAGUAUAACUUGUGUUCUCUCAGAUACACUUGAAAAAAAAAAACUGGGGGAUAAGGAAAGAGGAAUUGUCUGUGGCCACCAGCUGUAAAAAUCUUUCCCUUUUUGGGGGUUGUCUUGUUGUUGACCCUCCAGGGCACCUGUUGUCACUUUUAUUUGCUCUAAAGCAGUUUAUUUAGAGUUACAAUGGUUUUAGUAUUAUUAUUAGUAGUAGUAUUAUCAAUCUUUGGCUCUUGUCCACAGCUUGUGUUUUUUUGUUUUGUUUUGGGGGUUUUUCCUGCCUUCCUUCCCUCACAAUCAACCAGUCAUGACAGAUGGCUGCCUCUCCCCAAGCCUCGUUCUACUAAAGUUCCUUCCUGUUAAAAUGAGUUUUUCCUUUCUGCUAUCACCAAGCGCUUGCUCAUAGAGCCCCCUUUCCAUUAGUACCAACUCGGAUCGACUAGCCACAGUUUUCUGGGUUUUCCAUUAGAUCAUAGUACCUGCUUGGCCAGGGUUCCAGGCGAUCUUAGCAGGUAUUAAAAUGCAACGUUGUUAGACUGCAUGCCACCGAUUGGCUGGUCAGUGUAGUCACUCAAUGAGCCAGCUUAUCAUUCAUGAAAAUCAAAACUGCGCUUUUUGAAACCCGGCAAUGAGUGAAAUGGUUUUUUAAAAAAACAACAACGCUGUGGUCCCCAAGUAUGACAAAAAGCCACAGAACGAGCAGCAGGUAUAUCGUCAUCUCAACGUCCAUCUUUGUUUACUUCACAUACUAAUUGCGUCAUAGGAUGCUCGGCCGUGUUACUAUGACGACCACGCGCAUUAGGUGGUACUUGAUUGUAAUGGAAAACCAGUCAAUCCGAGUCGAGUUUAUCCGGUUGAGUACUAAUGAAAAAGGGGCUAUAAAGCACUUUGAAUGUUGUUGUCAUUUGGGGCUCCAU